AUGACUUCCCAGAUCGCCUCAGAACUUAAGCCCCGGCUUUCCCCAACUGCCGGCAUCUUCGGCCCCGGCGAUGAGGAGUUCACUGGUCUCAUCAGUCGGUGGAGAGAAUACCACGCGCCUACCGUUGCCGCUGUGGUGCAAGUUGCGACCGAGGGCGACAUUCAAGAGGCUGUUCGCUAUGCGAAUCAAAAUGGUAUCCCAUUCUUCGCAAGAUCUGGAGGCCACGGCGGCACCGAAGCAAUGGCUCUGGCCCAAGAUGCCCUCCAGAUAGACUUCCGUAAGAUGAACUACGUCAACGUGGCCGAAGACGGCCAGACGGCCAAGAUCGGCGGUGGCGCAAAUGUCAAGGAGGUGGUUGACGCGCUUACCGAAGCCGGAAAACGUACAGUCACUGGUAUCUGCGAGAGUGUGGGAAUUUCUGCGGUUGUUCUCGGCGGUGGCCACGGGUGGCUGCAAGGUCAAUACGGCCUGGGUGCCGACCAGAUCGUUUCGGCACGGCUCAUCCUGCCAAACGGCGAAGCCGUAACAGUAUCAGAGGACUCGCACCCGGACCUCUUCUGGGCCAUCAGGGGUGCUGGCCACAAUUUUGGUCUAGUGGCCGAAUGGACGUUCCGCUUAUACGACCUUAACCCUCGAGCUUCCAAAUGGUCUUACGAGAUAUUCGUAUACUCAGGUGACAAGCUCGAAGCUCUGUUCAAUCUUCACAAUGAGAUGCAGAAGAGCCAGCCGGCGCAUGCUAUCCAUUGGUGCUAUAUCAUCAGACCCGCGUUCCUGAAUCUUGACCAUCCUGUUAUCUGGUACGGCAUCGUCUACGAUGGCCCCGAAGACGAGGCACGAUUAUACGCUAAACCCCUACACGACAUUGAAGCAAUGUCGAUCCAAGCCGGCGUGGCAACGACCCACGAAUUAGCCGCUCUCACAUUCCAGGAUGUGGAUGGGCCCGGGUGCGCAUAUGGCCUAACUUCCCUCCGAUACCCAAUCGGAUUGAAGACCUUCGACGUGCCCGCGGUACGGAAAUUGUACGACUUCAUCGACAAAAGCUUCCAAGAGACCCCUGAGCUCGCCGGCUCCUUCUUCGUGCUCGAAGGCUACUCGACGCAGGCCGUGAAGGCCGUCGACGAGAAGAGCACCGCGUUCCCGCACCGCAGCGACGAGAUCCUAGUUACCUCGUACGUCCAAUACAAGCCGGACCCGAGGAUCGACCCUCUCGCCGAGAAGUACGGUAAGACCUUGCGUCAGAUCCUCCUAGACGCUAGUGAUGACCCAGAGCACCUGCGCGCCUAUGUGAAUUACGCGCAUGGUGACGAAGACUUGAGAGAAGUGUAUGGAUGGGAGGAUUGGCGGCUGCAGAAGUUGAGGGAGCUCAAGGCUAAGUGGGAUCCGGAGAAUAAGAUGAGAUACUACGUGCCAAUUGUAUAAGAUGCCAAUGGGGUGUUUGUUCUCUAUGUGAUGGAUCGCAGUAACCUAGGUACUAUAUUCAGAAUGGCUAUAGUUAUCAUGGAUGAAUGAUACUUAUAUGUUGAGUUACAUCCGAACCAAGUCGAUUCAACUGAAAUGCAGGGGCGUAGCGACCCUUGCUCUGAUAAGAUACUCUUUAAAAAAAGAGUUCUGUGCUUACUAUUUCUGUGAUUAUCGGAAGUUUGGUCAGCUAUGGCCAAGAACAGGGGAUGAAAUCCCAGUCCGCCCCAUGAUCCAUGAGCUAUAGGACUUCACUUGGGGUUGGUAAGGGGAUACCUAUGCAGCUGGUGCUGGGUCAUACAGGUCUAUUGCAACAUAGAAAGUUCUCUAACUAUAUUC